UGUUGGUUUGGUUUGUGUAACGCUAAAAUACAGGAUAAAGUUAGUGUUUAUCCAAAGUUAUAAUGUCGCACUGCUCACUUUUGUUUCAUUAGCGGUGAAUGGCAGCGCAGGACGGUCGAAGGAGAUUAUCCAGUAAGACAGCUGAGCAAGCUCACAAGAUGAUCCAACCACCGGAUCUCAGUCACGUCACCAUCUUACCGAAAGCUGAAUGGCUAAGGAUUCAAGAUGAAGCAAACAGGGCUAAUAAAGACAAGGACACUGUGAGAGAGGCAGUAAAACGGAGAGAGGUGCAGCACCUACAAUCCAAAGAGCUGGUCAAACUGUGGACCAACACAGAAGCUGGGCAAAGGCAAAAGAGGCUUGAAGCAAAGAAGAUUCAGGCACAAAAUGAGGAGGAGCGAAAGAAACUGAUAGAUAUAGAAGAGGCCAAAUAUCAGGAACAGAAGAGAAAAGAAGCUGUUGCAAAAGCCAAGACUCAGAUAUAUUCUCAAACUGACCGUGUCAAAGAAUUACACUGUGCACUCUUGCUGUCAGAAGUUCUGAAAGAAAGAGAGGUCCAGAUUGAACAGAAAAAAAGGCUAAAGAAUGCAACUAAAAAUGUAGACAAAGAAUUUAUGGCUAUGGUGAAGUCCAGAGAUGAUGAAGCCUUGAGAUUGGAGCAGGAGAAAACACUUCAGAAAAGGCGUGCACAUGAAGCUUUGGCAGAGAAACUCAGAAUGAGGAUAGAAGAAAAGGUGCAAGAAAGAGAGCGACAGAAGCUGGAGGACAAGAAAGAAGGAAAAGAAAUCCAGCACAUUAAUGAACUUUACCAAUGGGAACAACUCAUGGAGAAUGAAAGACGAGCAAAGGAGAAGAAAAGCCUCAUGCAAGCUCACCUGGAACAUAUUAGUAAUCGAGACAUCCUACGAGCUGCAGAAGCACAAAAACUGCAGGCAGAAGAGGAGCAAAGAAAACUUUUUCUCUCUACCAAACAAAAAAUGAUGAAGUUGAGGAACGAUAAAGAAACGGAGCUUUUGCGAGAGGCUGAGGCGCUUCGAGACAGAAUCAUGGACAAACUAACAGUGACGCAGCGCGAGCAAACCGACAGUGAGGAGCAGAGAAUCGCAAAGGCUGUCGCUGAGCAGGAAGCAAAGGAGGCACAGCAGCAGAGGCAUGAAGAGGAGCAGAGGGCUGCAAUCAUAAGGUCUAUUGCUGCUCACAGAGAGUUCAUGCGACAGGAAAAGGAAAAGCAGCUGAAGCUACAACAACAGAAAGAUAAAGAUGUGCUUCUGGCCAAGCAAGAAGCCGACAGGAUCUAUACUGAGAAACAGCAGCUAAAGGCUCAAAAGAUGAAGGAAAAUGGCAAAAAAAUCCAAGACUUCAACAUGAACCAAGUGGCUGAAAAAUGUGCCAAACAACAACAGCUGAGGAGAGAUCAACAUGCGCUUGAAACAAAGAAUGCAGAACUCCUCGCUGAAGAAGAAAGACACUUUCAAGCAUAUACAAAGAAUUUAAUUGACAAAGCAGUGGAAGCGGAGAGAAAUGUCAUUCCACUUAACAAAGCUGCACGUGAAGGGUUUGGUGGAGGGUCUGGGCCCAUCUUCAGUGGUCUGAGGCCGAGCUACCUGGUUCAGGACAUGACCGGUGCUCAGAUGCCAAACUAUAGCUCCAGUACGACCAAGAAUAUUAAAGAGAUGAAUGAGGCUGUAGAUAUUCAAGAAGGAAAGAAGAGACUUGGGUUUACAUGGCAGUAA